UAAACAGGACCAGCAGAAGGGUGAACUAUCUGGGGACUAGAUCUAAAACAAUAGAAUGCAUUUGAUAACAAUCAGAGAUAAGAUUACUGCCAGGAAUAGGAGGAAAUGAUGGGAAAAGGAUGUCGGUUUAACCUAAUGGUCAAUGCUGAGGGUAGGGUAAUGUGAAACCUAUUCGAGGAAACACUUACACUGUACAGACUGGAUCGGAUAUCACUGAAUCUCUGAAAGCCAACCUCUCACUGGCAUAACAGACCUCCCCUCGCUUGUUUUAUCCAGCUUGGCUGUUAGACGGGACAGUGAAGGGUAGCUUUCUCCUCUUCAUGGACACGUGCAGUGUGUUCAAUUAUUUCGGUGUUAGAUUUUUAACCGUCUAACUUUUUCUCCUCCUCUGCUGAGCCUCCUGUAGUUAAAUAAGAAGAUCAUGGACCACAGCCUCCGCCGUUUGAAGCAGGAGUUGCAAUCUAUGAAGGAAGCUGGAGAUGGGCUGCAAGACCAGAUGAAUUGUAUGAUGGGCGCACUGCAGGAGCUGAAACUUCUCCAAGUGCAGACAGCUUUGGAGCAGUUGGAGAUCUCAGGGUUCCAGGGCCAAGCUCCAUCCAUCACUCAGAGCCAGCCAUGGCUGACAAAUGGCAAGAGCAGCGAAGGCUGGCCAGGUACCAGGCUUGAAACAAAGAGCUGCAAACCUAGCAGCAGCAAACUCCACACACUGAGCCCUACAACUUUUCCAGGGCAGGCUGAGAAACCCCUGGGCUCACAGCUAAGAGAAUGUCUGAAGGAGAUACCUUGUGAAGAGUUGCAGUCUUCUGAGCUAUCAUCCAGGCCUCUCGAUCCUCUGGAUACACCAUCACCAGUUUCAUCCAGAUUUUUAAAUCUUGACAAGCAGACCCAGACAGUUGCCCCUACAAAAGUACAUGAGCCCCCUGUGCCAAGCAAGUUGGGCAGUAAGACAAUGCAAGAUUGCAAUGCCUCCGAUGACUGGACUUCCUCUCUGCUGUCCCAAAGUAGGAACAGGCAGCCCCUCAUUCUGGGUGACAACAUUUUCGCUGACUUGGUGGGCAACUGGUUGGACUUGCCUGAGCUGGAGAAGAAGCCCGCCCUGGCCGCUGUGGACGGACGUUCUAGGCGUGACCAAGGCCCCUCGCUCAGCAGAUCUCAGGAAUUCCAGAAGAAAUUGAACCUGACGGCCAACAUCUUCAAGAAGUUGCUGAGAAGCGUUCGGCCUGACAAAGGCAAGCUGGUGAAGGAGAAAUGCAGCCAGGUACCGACGAGUAACCUCGGAGACGCUAUCACCAAGAGAUCCAGCAAGGGAUCCAAACAGAAGGUGACUUUUUAUUUUGAGCUGCGGGGAAGCAACAGUCAGAACAAGAAGGUGCAGGAUGAAUGUGGAACCUUACUGGACAAAAAGGAUCUCAGACCCAAUAACUGUACAAAUAAACUGAUCCAGUCGGUGACAGAGAAACAGUGUCCUUUUGACUAUAACUCUGUGGUUUGGGUCUGAUUUCAAAUACGAAUACCCUUGAAAGAAAAAUGAAUUGCACUUAAUUUCAUUUAUAUCCUACGUGGUUCCAAAGACAAUGGGAUCAAUAUUGUUUACAGUAGUUAUUUUUUCAAACCCUUUCUUUUUGAAUAUUUGAUUGUCAAGAUUAUUUAAAAGGACAGUGCCAGGCAAAACUAUUUCUCUCUCUCAGUUUGCCACAUUAAGAUAAGCCUGUGUAGAAAUGUGUCUCUUUGCAUAUUGCUUGCAAGGUUACCAUAAUCCAGUGGAUCAAUUUCCUCUCAUCUGCCGUAUGUCAUUAGUCAUGAUGUGGAGUUGCCGGAGUUGGACUGGGGUAGACAAAAUCAGAAGUCACAUGACACCAAGUCAUAGUCCGACAGGUUUAUUUGAAUCACACAAGCUUUUGGAGUGCAUGAUGAAAAAGUCAGUUGCACCUAAGAAACGGGCUGCACUCCGAAGGUUUGUGUGAUUCCAAAUAAUUCUGUUGGGCUAUAGACUGGUGUUGUAUGACUUCUGACUGUCACUAGUAAGAGAGGUCAUUCCUCAUUAAUACACACCCUCUGUCCUCUUGCUCACCUCCAAACAUUUGGCUUUUUCCUGAGGUUUAUCCAUAGAAGACCUCUAGUUCAUCUGUUUUGUUCUUCAUGUACAAGCGUUUCACUGACCUUGAUCCCAGGACUGGCCAUUUGCUGUAUCCACACUUUGAUCUCAACUGAUCGCCACUUGGUCCUAGGUUUGUGAGUCAUGACAAUGUACUGCAGACUGAUGUUUCCCUCCCCAGAAUGCCCCUCCUAAUGCCCUACCUACAAGGUUUCUUCUGAGCCACACAUUAUGCUUAGAAAUAUAUUGCUGUUCUUUCAGUGUUGCUGGGUCAAAAUCUUGGAACUCCUUCCCUAAAGGCAUUGCAGGUCUACUUAUAGCAGUUCAAGAAGGCAGCUCACCACCACCUUCUUCAGGGCAACCAGGGAAGGGCAAUAAAUGCUGGGCCAGCCAGAGAUGUCCACAUCCUGUGAAUAAAUUUCUGAAAAAUUGAGGCCAGCUGAAUCCAGGCUACACUAGAAAAUGAGAUCUUCCUGUAAUGUAUUUCUCAAUGUCACAAAGGGCAGUAUACUUAAUGACAGGCUUAGGCAUGAAAUCUGUGUCUCUGUGUCCCUGGUGUUCCUAUUUGGCUGUGUUUAAGAAAGUCCCUUUUCUUAGCCUCUGUAGUAAGUUCAAGUGGACGAAUUCUUCAUGCCUGUCAGCAUGAUGGGACAGAUUCAUCAGAUGAUUGUGAAUUUCCUGUGGUCUGUGAACGAGUGAGAUGAAGCAACAAACUUUGUUCUGAGUUUAGAAUCUGACUUGCUUGUUAAUAAUUGGAAGGAUGUUGUAGAAUAGUGAGAUAUGGCUCACUGCUUGUCUAAGAAGUUUGAGUUGAGUGUGGGAACACAGCGCUAAGAGAUUUAAUAAAUGUUGGCAGUGUCCACAUUGAAACAAAGCUGGCUGAUUUUUAAGAUCGUCUGUUCUGAGUCUUUUCUUGAGGAUAAUGCGAAUCUUUGCUGACUGAGGUUACUUUUAAAAUUGUUUUAUUUCCUGCACUUGCGAAUGUAUUUUGGCUCCCAACCCUGCAAUACCAUAAUUUUUUUUAUUUUAAAUUUUCAUCCUGAUAGUCACAGCGUAUAAGAGAUGGAGUAGGCUAUUUUCACCCUUCAAGCCUGCUCCACUAUUCAACCAGAUCUGACUGAUCUGUUCGUAGUUUUUGGUUUUAUUUUCCUGUCCAACUCCCAUAACUCUUAACUUUCUGGCCAAACAUAACCCUAUCGAACUCAAACUUAAAGAUCCAAUGCCGACUCAUUUCUAGGUAGAGAGUUCUGCACUGAGAGAAAAAUAAUCAGAUCUCUUGAUUGACUCUCAUUCUCCCAUCUCUGCAUGCUCAUCAAGGGCAUGUCUUCAGCUGUUGGGUCCAAGGUAUGGAAUUCCUCCCCUAUUCCUUUGCUAUUUUAAGACAGUUCUUUUUGAUCCAACCUUUGGAUCCUUGACCCAACAUAUCUCUCUAUGGCUUUGUGUCAAGUUUUGCCUGAUUGGGCUGCAUUGCUGGGUCAAAGGCAAGAUGACAAUGUUUUGUCAGAAACCCAGGAGAGAAGAUUGCUGAUGGUCUUACCUGAUACACAUGACCUUGCAAACUGCUGGCUGUUUGAAACAGCAGUACACAAAAAUCUACUAAGAUCAAUUUGAAGACUAUAAAUAAAUCACAAAACACAGUCUGGGAGAUGGAGCUGACUCUGACAUUCUUUCUAUAGCUAAAAUAUCAUUGGUCACAAAAUAUCUCUCUGAGGAGAAAUUGAAGGAGAGUGGGAGGAUUUUGCAGUUAUACAAGACAAAUCCAGAGGAGAUGUCUUAGAAAACUAUAAAGUAUUUUGAUAAGGAGAUGCUGAUUCCAUUAUUACCAUCAGCAGCUGAAAUAGAAUAGCAGUUUUCAAAGUGAAUUUGUUUUGUAUUUGAAAAUAAAAGCUGCAAUACAGAAGAAUGGGGCUAGUGGGCCUAAUUGGAUAGCUCUGUCAAAGAGCUAUCAUAGGCAUGAUCAGCUGAAUGGCCUCCCCGCAUGCCAUUGGUGGCAUUAAUAACUGUUGAUUGGCCAAUUGCACAGAAAGUAGACUUCAAAUUUGGCAAUAUACGUUAUGAGGACAUGAAAUAAGAACAAUUGUCAUCUAGUUCACCAAUGUCCUUCAAAUGUGCCAUCCCUAUAUGGUGUGGCCUACAUGUGACUCCAGGCCCACAGCAAAGUAGUUGACUGUUAACUGCCCUCCGGGCAAUUAAGGGUAGGAAAUAAAUUCUGGCUCAUCCAACAAUGCUCAAAUCCCACAAAUGAAUAAAAAACAAAUAAUGUCAUUAAGGGUGUGAACUGGUAGGGCAGGAAUGUAGUGGAGAAGGGCAGGAAGACUUUGAUGUUGAUCCACAAUAACCAACACGUGAAGGCCUGGGAAACACAGUUUGGGGUUUUGUUUUGGCCUAUGCUAGGUUACUAUAAUUUAUGUGGGCCUGGAGUUUUAGAGCCAUUCUUAGCAUCUCUACCUCUAUGAUUGACUCCUCAAUCAGAACACCAACAUAAGAUAAAUGCAAAUCAGUGGAAAUAUAGACUAAAAUUGUGUAUGAGGUCAGUGUUGCCAACUCUGGUGGGAUACAGCCCUGGAGGUUUCAUCACAUGACCACCAAGCUCAAUCCAUGUGCUGCCAUUGGUCCAUCUCCUAGGCGCCAUGGCCAAUUGGAAAGUGAAUAAGGUCUUUGCUGACCUGAUUGGUUUAAGAACUAGAGACGGAUACAUCUGCGAAGGAGGCCAUUCAGCCCACUGUGGCUACUCAGUUAAUGAUGAUUCUCCUCGAUCUUUCUCAGCUUUGCAGAUUUUAUUUUGCAGCUUACUGUUGGUAAAGUACACUUUGUUCCUCUAGCUACAAUAUGUUUAUUGCUGCCUCCUCAAGGGCAAUUAGGAACGGCCAAUAAAUGCUGGACUUCCUUACAAUAUCCCCAUCACAUGAGCAAACCCGAAAAAAAAUCCUGUAUA